UCUUUAAUAUCUGUGAUCCGUCACGCAUCGCAGAUCCACCUGAGGAGUUGAUGGUGGGUUUCUCUGAAGUGAUUUCGUGGUGCUAAACUGCGGACAUGGAUGGGGCAAAGAAAGAUGCCCCCCCUGCGGGCGAUGCAGGGAAAUCAGACACCCUCGGGUCCACUGGCUCGGCCAGAAAAAGAGGAGGGGGGGCCAAGAAGGCGAUGCAGGCGAACAAGUCUGCCCUCAGGGCCCCCCGAGCCCUCUGCUGCCUCACCCUCAGCAACCCCAUCCGCAUGGCAGCACUGGCCCUCGUAGAGUGGAAGCCCUUUGAUAUUUUCAUUCUACUUGCUAUUUUUGCCAACUGUGUAGCCAUGGGCGUUACAAAGCCGUACCCUGACGACGACUCCAACCCUACCAAUCACCAACUGGAACAAGUCGAGUACGUCUUCCUCGUCAUCUUCACCAUCGAGACCUUCACUAAAAUUCUCGCCUACGGCUUAGUCAUGCACCCCAGCGCCUACAUACGCAGCGGAUGGAACUUGCUUGAUUUCAUUAUCGUCAUUGUCGGGUUGUUCAGUGUGAUAGCAGAGGGCAUGACAGACCAUAAGCCAGGCGAGGCCCAUCACGCUGCAGGAAAACCUGGAGGCCUGGAUGUCAAAGCUCUCAGGGCGUUCAGGGUGUUACGACCGCUUCGGCUCGUAUCUGGAGUGCCAAGUUUACAGAUUGUGUUGAACUCCAUCAUGAAAGCCAUGGUCCCCCUUCUGCACAUCGGUAUGUUGGUCAUGUUUGUCAUCAUCAUCUACGCCAUCAUCGGCUUGGAGCUUUUUAUCGGCAGGAUGCACAAGACGUGCUACUCCAUGGGCACAGGUCUCAUUGUGGAAGAUGAUCCUACGCCUUGUGCGUUUGCCGGCAGCGGGCGGUUUUGUGAAGGGAAUGGGACGGAGUGCAGGGGAAAGUGGGAAGGCCCCAACGGCGGCAUCACAAACUUCGACAACGUCUUCUUCGCCAUGCUGACAGUUUUUCAAUGCAUCACCAUGGAGGGCUGGACGGAUGUUCUCUACUGGAUGAAUGACGCCAUCGGCUAUGAGAUCCCAUGGAUUUACUUUGUGUCUCUGGUCAUCUUUGGAUCUUUUUUCAUUAUCAAUCUCGUAUUGGGUGUGUUGAGCGGAGAGUUCUCCAAGGAAAGAGAAAAGGCCGUGGCGCGUGGUGAGCUGCAGAAAGCUCAGGAGAGCAAACAGAUGGAGGAGGACAUGAUAGGAUACAUGGACUGGCUCAUAGAGGCCGAGGAUGUGGACGAAGAGGGAAACAAACGCGCUGCGAUCGCAAAGAAAAAGAUGAUGAAGAAGUUCGGCUGGUACAAACACAGCGAGGAUGGUGGAGAGUCAGACUCGGAUGAUGAUAUAGCAUAUCUCGACGAUGACAGCGGCUUUUGUGCUUCUCUCAUGGCAAAGAUGAUGGCCAAUAGCUUCUGUGAUCAGUUGUGCCAGCUCAAUCACACAUUCAGGAAGAACUGCCGCGUGGCCGUCAAGACCACCAACUUCUACUGGUUGGUGCUGCUGCUGGUGUUUCUCAACACGGUGGCCAGCGCCUCCGAGCAUUACGGACAGCCAAAGUGGCUCACAGAUAUGCAAGAGCGAGCCAACAAGAUCCUGCUGCUGCUCUUCACUCUGGAGAUGUUGAUGAAGAUGUACGCCUUCGGCCUGCAGAUCUAUUUCAUGGCUCUGUUCAACCGCUUCGAUUGCUUCGUGGUGUGCGGCGGCAUCCUCGAGACACUGCUUGUAGAGUUAGAGGUCAUCCCGCCCAUCGGCAUCUCCGUGCUGCGCUGCAUCCGACUGCUCAGGAUAUUCAAGAUGACUCGGCACUGGGCUGCUUUGUCUGACCUUGUCAACUCUCUGCUCAACUCCAUGAAAGCUAUCUGCUCCCUUCUGCUCCUGCUCUUCCUCUUCCUCAUCAUCUUCGCCUUGCUGGGCAUGCAGUUGUUUGGGGGCAAAUUUAACUUUGACGACACUCAAAUGAAGAGAAGCACCUUCGACUCCUUCCCUCAGGCUCUGCUCACUUGUUUCCAGAUCCUCACCGGAGAGGACUGGAACGCUGUGAUGUACGACGGCAUUAUGGCGUACGGAGGGCCGAUCUUCCCCAACAUGGUUGUGUGCAUUUACUUUGUCAUCCUCUUUGUCUGUGGUAACUACAUUCUGCUCAAUGUGUUCUUGGCUAUCGCUGUGGACAACUUGGCAGGAGGCGGCGGCAAGAAGAAAGUCGAAGAGAAGAAGGAAGAGGAAGAAGAGUGGGAUGACGACGAAGAGAAAGAGGAUGAAGAUGCAGGGAACGACGAUGAUGACUGGCAGGAGAACGAGGAGCUGAGGGCCAUCGAGGGACUGGAGGGUGUUGCUCCACUGAAGCCUGAGUUCUCAGGACCCAAAGAGAAGAUCGUCCCAAUCCCAGAUGGAAGCUCCUUUUUCAUUCUCGGAAAGAAAAACUGUUUGCGAGUUGCCUGCCACAACCUCAUCCAUCACCCCUACUUCACCAACUUCAUUCUCAUCUUCAUCAUCCUCAGUAGCAUUUCCCUGGCUGCUGAGGAUCCAAUCAAAUCCCACUCGUUCAGGAACAUAGUGCUCGGUUAUGCUGAUUAUGUCUUCACGUCGGUUUUCACAGUGGAGAUCGUGCUAAAGAUGACAGUCUACGGAGCUUUCCUCCACACCGGCUCCUUCUGCAGAAAUGCUUUCAACCUUCUUGACCUGCUGGUCGUCAGCGUGUCGCUCACGUCUUUCUUUUUACAUUCAAGUGCGAUCUCUGUGGUCAAGAUUCUGCGAGUGCUGCGAGUGCUCAGGCCUCUUCGAGCCAUCAACAGAGCCAAGGGACUAAAGAACGUGGUGCAGUGCGUGUUCGUGGCGAUCCGAACCAUCGGCAACAUCUUAAUCGUCACAACACUCCUUCAGUUCAUGUUUGCCUGUAUAGGAGUGCAGCUGUUCAAGGGCAGAUUUUACAGCUGCACAGACGAAGCCAAACACACUCCCGACGAGUGCAAGGGAUCGUUUGUGGUCUAUAAAGACGGAGACAUGAACCACCCGAUGGUGAAAGAGAGGAUUUGGGAGAACAGUGAUUUCAACUUUGACAAUGUGCUGAUGGGAAUGCUGGCUUUGUUCACGGUGUCAACGUUUGAAGGCUGGCCGCAGCUUCUUUACCGGGCCAUCGAUGCCAACGCCAUAAACCGAGGGCCCAUUUACAACUACCGAGUGGAAAUCUCCAUCUUCUUCAUCAUCUACAUCAUCAUCAUCGCCUUCUUCAUGAUGAACAUAUUCGUGGGUUUCGUCAUCAUCACGUUUCGAGAGCAAGGAGAGGCGGAGUUCAAGAACUGUGAACUCAACAAAAAUCAACGUCAGUGUGUUUACUACGCUCUGAAAGCUCAACCUAUAAAGAUUUACAUCCCUAAAAACCCGUCCCAGCUCAAAUUCUGGAGAAUCAUCAACUCGAGUCAGUUUGAAUACGUCAUGUUUGUGCUGAUUCUGGGAAACACGCUCACUCUGGCUGUUCAGCAUUACGAGCAGUCCAAACUCUUCACCUCCAUCAUGGACAUCCUCAACAUGAUCUUCACUGUGGUUUUCACCAUAGAGAUGAUUAUCAAGUUACUGGCUCUGAGGGCUCAUCAUUAUUUCAUCGAUCCGUGGAAUUCAUUCGAUGCUUUGAUUGUCGUGGGGAGCGUGUUGGAUAUCGCAGUCUCUGAGUUUAGUGGGGGAGGUGGUCACGGCGAGGGUGGUGGAAAAGGAGAGAGUGGAAAAGUGUCUAUCACAUUUUUCCGUUUGUUCCGAGUGUUGAGGUUGGUUAAACUGCUCAGCAAAGGAGAAGGCAUUCGAACCCUCCUCUGGACUUUUGUCAAGUCACUCCAGGCUCUGCCUUAUGUCGGUCUGCUCAUCGCGAUGAUCUUUUUCAUCUAUGCUGUGAUCGGCAUGCAGACAUUCGGGAAAGUAGCUGUUGAUGAAAACACACAUAUCAACAGAAACUGCAACUUCCAGACUUUCUUCAUGGCCGUCCUGGUGCUCUUCAGGUGUGCCACUGGAGAGCAGUGGCAGGAGAUUAUGUUAGCAGCUCUGCCCGGCAGACGCUGUGACCCAGAAGCCGACACUGAGCCCGGUGAAGAGUACACCUGCGGUAGCAACUUGUCCUACAUCUACUUCAUCAGCUUCUUCAUGCUCUGUGCUUACCUGAUCAUUAACUUAUUCAUCGCUGUCAUCAUGGACAACUUUGAAUACCUGACAAGAGACUGGACUGUGCUCGGUACUCACCACCUGGACGAGUUUAAGCGAGUUUGGUCAGACUACGAUCCGGAGGCGACUGGUCGUAUAAAGCACAUCGAUGUUGUCACCAUGCUGCGCAGGAUUCAGCCACCUCUUGGUUUUGGAAAACUGUGUCCUCAUCGUGUGGCUUGCAAGAGACUGGUUGCUAUGAACGUCCCACUGCACGGGGACGGGACAGUCACCUUCAACGCUACUCUGUUCGCUCUGGUGCGAACCUCGCUGAAGAUCAAGACUGAAGGCCCCAUCGACCAGCAGAAUGAAGAGCUGAAGGUGAUCAUCAAGAAGCUCUGGAAACGUACCAAGCCCAAGCUCAUUGAUGAAGUCAUUCCUCCUCCUAGAGGUGAUGAGGUGACUUGUGGGAAGUUUUAUGCCAGCUUCCUGAUUCAGGACUAUUUCAAAAAGUUCCGCAAGAGAAAGGAGCGGGAGAGGAAAUCCAAAAAGAAGGACAGGGCAGCAUUUCUACAGCAAGGGCUGCGGACGCUGCAAGACCUGGCUCCAGAGAUGCGUCUGGCCAUGGCCUGCGACAUGGAAGAAGAGGAAGCUGCGGAGGGAGAGAUGGCAGGUGAUGAGAUAUUUUACAGCGAGCGUGGGACCUCAGCGACCACCACGCCCGCCAGCACGCCGCUGCCACAAAUAGACAAGCUGGUGGAGCACACAACUACAGUGUUCAUAGAAGCUGAGCCCAAGGUCGCCAACGGGGGUGUGAUCACAGAGCAGGUGACGGGCCUGCAGGAGCACGAGAGGCCACAAUCAGAGCUGGCAGGCGUCAGCAUUAUAACAGAGCAGCCUGUGAGGUCUCGACCGCCGCCCAUCAGGGCUGAUGCCAUCAUCGAGGCGCCUCUUCCUCCUCCUUCUCCUUCUCCUCUUCCUCCUCCUUCUUCUUCUCCUCUUCCUCCUCCACCAGAGGUACCAGCUGAAGGAGAAUAUGUGUUUGAAGAACCAGCUGCGCCGGCUACUACCGGAGUAGCCGAGCAGGUUUAUAGCUGCGAAGGUGAUGCUACAACUCUGGCAUCGGUAGAAAGGUACGUGUAUCCAGAAGCUGUCUCUCCUGCACCAACUGAGACAGGCUACAACGUGCAGAGCCUGGAAAGAGCCAGCAGCAUCGGGGAGAUGCCUUAUGAUACGCAAGAUACCGGUGGCUAUGUAAGCAACGUUUAUGACCCCAACGUGAACGCAGGGAGCGUCGCUGCAAGCCCCACUCCCAACGGCACUAAUGAAUAUAAUGGGAACGGAUACUCAAGCUACAAUGAAAACGGCAGCAUCAUCAGCAACAAUGGUUAUGGAAGUACAUACAAUGGAAACGGCAGUACUGUCAGUGGUUACAACGGGAACGGCUACGAUGGGAACGGAUACAAUGGGAACGGAUACAACGGGAAUGGAUACAAUGGAAGUGAAAAUGGUGUCAGGAGACGAGUACUUCCUUCCUUACCAAGAGGUCGUGCACCUUCCUUUAACUUCCAGUGUCUGAGGCCACAGAGCAGUGUGGACAACCACCUCCCCAUCCCAGGGGGCUACCGUGAGAGCGCAUCCCCAAACAGAGGCCGUCUACAGACCCAUCACAGUCUGGACUCCCGGCCUAGCAGCGUGUCCUCGAUGUCAUCCGCCUCCUGGGUGAACACAGCUGGCACCACUCCUGGUCCAGUGAUUGGCAAACCCGCAGGACGCAGGGGCAAGCUUAUCUACACCCCUAUGAUGCUGGUGGACGAAACCACCGGCACCAGCCAACCACUGUGGAGCGACGGCUCGGCCAGCCUCCCUGCAGGAAGGCGUCCUGGGUGGUACCCCGGUCAGACGAGAAACUUCGGCAGCUUGAGGGUGCCACCGGUCAACCAGGGCUUCGUAGACAAAGGCAGUGCUGACAGUCUGGUGGAGUCGAUCUUGAUCUCCGAGGGUCUCGGCAUCUACGCAAGGGACCCGAAGUUUGUGAGCUUUGCCAAGCGGGAGAUCGCCGAAGCCUGUCACAUGAGCAUGGACGAGAUCGAGAGCGCCGCCGCCGACCUGAUAGUUCGCGGAGCCAGCCAGUCGAUGUCUCGCUUUGAGGACGACCUGGCCGAUGAGAUGAACUGCGUGAUUUCUUACUGAGAUCAGCAGAACUGAGAUAAACUUUGAGGUACGAAGUUUGGGGAGGAGAAAAAGAAAGAGGACCGGACAGUGCGCGUGCGUGUGUGUGUGUGUGUGUGUAAGAACGAUGCUUUUAUUUAUGAAUGCCAAAACACACACUGGUUUUAAGAGCACGUGUCAGUAUGUGGCAGCACUGAAGGUUUGAACACUAUGACUGCAUGUCUUAGCAUUAUUGUGACUUUUUUUUUUGCAUUGUAUUCUCAUUUUUUUACUGUACUUGAAUUGUUGUCACUUUAUACAUCUGUAUGUUCAGUUGCAAUCAUGGCAAAUAAACACAACACACAUGUAUAUAUGAACAUACUUACAUACGAUAUUAAACUGCUAGAUGAAUAAAAUAUUCAUACUUUGUUACACAAAUAAUGAAAUCCGGUUGAAACCGUUGAUUCGUGAGUGCUCUACGGCAUUUAGAGAAAUAUUUAAAUAUACUGAAUAUUGAAUAUCCUCUAAUAUUAAAUUAUCUAAACUCAUAGAAAGGAUUUUUGGAUUUUUGUGACUA